GGACAAAACACAUACAUCUAAUUUUCUUGUUGGGUUUCUCGUUUAAACAGAAGGCUGGAUUACACAAGAACUAACCAACACUGAAAAAAAUCAACAAAAUGACAUUAAUUGGCUAGAAGAUAUACUAUAAAAUAUUGUAAAAACACUCCCAACACACAUCUGGAUAGACCACAUAUGGUUUACUUAUAGGCUACUUUGUUAUGUAAUAAAGAUUAAUUUUAUUUCAGUAAAGAGUAGUUAUUAAUUCAUACUAGUUCUGUAUGUUGAUCAAUUAUAAAUGCAUUUGAAUGAUAGUGUAAUGUGCAAGAUGUAUUAACAAAUUGAUGAAGACCCAAUGAUCUUGGAAAUGUUACACCAAUGAGUGAUACGCCACUUCUGUUAAUUGCCCCAGUGUGCUUAUUUUUCAGCCGAUGCUGACAAUCUCAAAAUGACAUAUUGGUACGUAGUUCUCAGUGUCCUUAUUCUCUUACUAAGCAGUAGCUUGCUGAAUUUGGCAACACCAAAUACGUAACAGAUCUAACAGGGCUGGCGUAAACACUACAGAGCGUUAUGAGCUGCGCUGUGAGUAGGCUAUUAGCACAGAGACUUUUAGGAAAUUGCUGCAGCUUCACCUGGCACGUGCUCACAGUACUAUCCCUAUAAAGACGGCGCACUUUGGCAGAUCUGGGUGGGCCGGGACAAAGAGAGGGACGAGGGGAGGGUUAAAGAGGAGGAGAGGUGACAGUGACAGUGACAGAGAAGUGUUAGGAUUCAAACACAUCAGACAGUAGUAGAGAGUCAUUGAACAAAUCCUCUGAGAGAGAAAGACAGCAGUGUCUGCAAACUUCAAGGUGAGAGAAAACUAAGAGCUGAAGAGGCUGCGUUAGUAUUUGAGACCGCCUUGUCCUCCAGCAGUCAGAAGUGUGCGCGUGUCAGAUGAUGGCACCGCAGGUCGUCAGCUCACCCUUCCUGAAGCCUUUCUUUCUGAAGACACCGCUGAGCGUCGCCAGUUCUCGACGGCAGAGACGACACACGUUACCAGCCAGUGAGUUUCGUAAUCUCACCCCACAGGAUGCCAUUAGUGUGUUUGAGAUAGAGAGAGAAGCAUUCAUCUCUGUUUCUGGUGAAUGUCCACUCACCCUUGAAGAGGUGCUUAGUUUCCUGGGCCAUUGUCCUGAGCUUUCGUUGGGAUGGUUUGAAGAGGGCCAGCUGGUGGCUUUCAUCAUCGGAUCUGGCUGGGACAAAGACAAGCUAGAACAGGAGGCCAUGACCACACACGUCCCAGACUCUUCCACGGUACACAUCCACGUGUUGUCUGUGCACCGUCACUGUCGGCAGCAGGGCAAAGGCUCGAUCUUGCUUUGGCGCUAUCUGCAGUACCUGCGCUGUCUUCCCGGUCUCCGCCGAGCCCUGCUGGUCUGUGAGGAGUUCCUGGUGCCCUUCUACCAGAAAGCUGGCUUUAAGAAUAAGGGUCUCUCUGCCAUCAAUGUGCCGGCUUUGACCUUCACAGAGAUGGAGUAUCAGCUUGGAGGCCUGGCUUAUGCACGACGAAACAGCGGAUGUUAGUUUCUUUAGCUCAUUCGAUCCUGAUUCAGGACACCAUGCAUAGAUUCUGGACGGCUCUUGGCAAUCACAGACUUAAAGCCCUACUACCACCUGAGCAAGAACCAGAGACUUACCUAUGAGUGUAAAUGAGUGCCAUUUACAGAGAUGGAAGCACUUACAUUUGGGUAUAUGAAGGCUAAAGAUGUUGUUUGUUGUUGUUUUUUUCUUUCUCUUGUACUACACGAGAUACACUGCACACUUUACUGGUCAAGACACAGUGGCUGCUUUUAACAGUUAAUAAAGUGAUUUUAGAAAAAACAAAAAAAAUCACCAUAUUCGAUCAGUCAAAAAAAAUUAUAUUCUUUCAGUUUUAAUAACAUUUAACAUUAAUAACAUUCUUUUGGUAGAAAAAAUGAAAACAUUAAAAAAAAUAAGGUCAGAAAAAUAAACAAAUGUAAUUGAAAAUUUGAGAAAUACGGUAAUAUUUCCAUCCCUUGGAAAUGUUAAAUAUAUUGUUGUAGAAUCUUCCUAACGUAUUAUUGCAUUUGUGACAGUGUGUUUGGGAAAUACAUAAUAUGUAUACAGUGUAUGAACUGAUGUAAACUUUAAUUAGAAUGUCCAUAAACAUUCUCUGUGGCAUUAGUCAUUCUAUCAUGCAUAUCUUAUCAAUAAAAAAAAUCUAAUAACAAA